AGAGCAGAUAGUUACUGAAGAAUUGCUUUCAAGCUUGAAUCCUCAGCCAUUAGCCAACGAACAAAAAAAACUAUUAUCCACAAUGGUGCACUGGACCGAUGCAGAGCGUGAGACCAUCAAUACCAUCUGGGCCAAGAUUGACCAUGAAGAAGCUGGCCACCAGGCCCUGACCAGGGUGCUGGUUGUGUACCCCUGGACCCAGAGGUAUUUCAGCACUUUCGGCAACCUUUCCAAUGCCACCGCCAUUGCUGGUAACCCCAAGGUCCGCGCUCACGGAAAGAGGGUGCUGGAUGCUCUCGGUGAUGCUAUCAAUCACUUGGACAAUGUGAAUGCAACUUACACCAAGCUGAGCCAGCUCCACUCUGAGAAGCUCCACGUCGACCCAGAGAACUUCAGGCUUCUGGGUGAGACCCUGGUCAUCGUCCUGGCCAGCCAGUUUGGUGCCGCCUUCACUCCCGCUGUCCAGGCUACUUGGCAGAAAUUUCUGGCUGUUGUGAUCUCUGCUCUCAGCAAACAGUACCACUAAACACCAGCCAUCCAACCCCAUGCCAGCGACAAGAAUGGGACAAGCACAACAACAUUGUGUCCGUACUUUUCAAGAACUCCGGUGCAAGCCUCAAGCACCGGCCUAUUGAAAACUACAUAUUUUUUUAUUUUCAGUCGUUGGAGCUUUGAUAAAUAAAACAGUUUAUUCUUCAAUAUA